AAUCCCCCGAUUGAGCUCUCAGGGGUCCCCAACGCCGCAGAUCAAGGAGGGAGCUGCCAAGGAGCCGUUUUUGCUAACCCCCCCUUGGCACGCCUGCGACUCAGCCUCUGGCUGACGGCCUCCUUUCCUCCCCCUCUCCAGACAGGCAGGAUCGACAAGUCCUACCCCACCGUCUGUGGCCACACCGGGCCAGUGCUGGACAUUGACUGGUGUCCUCACAACGACCAGGUGAUCGCCAGCGGCUCGGAGGACUGCACGGUGAUGGUCUGGCAGAUCCCAGAAAACGGCCUCACGCUGUCCCUGACGGAGCCUGUGGUCAUCCUGGAGGGCCACUCCAAGCGAGUGGGCAUCGUGGCCUGGCACCCCACCGCCCGCAACGUGCUGCUCAGCGCAGGCUGUGACAACGCCAUCCUCAUCUGGAACGUGGGCACUGGGGAGCCCCUCAUCAACCUGGACGACAUGCACCAAGACAUGAUCUACAACGUCAGCUGGAACCGCAACGGCAGCCUCAUCUGCACGGCCUCCAAGGACAAGAAAGUCCGUGUGAUCGACCCCCGGAAGCAGGAGAUUAUGGCGGAGAAAGAGAAGGCGCACGAAGGCGCCCGGCCGAUGCGAGCCAUCUUCCUCUCCGACGGCAGCGUUUUCACCACGGGGUUCAGCCGCAUGAGCGAAAGGCAGCUGGCCCUCUGGAACCCGAAGAACAUGGGCGAGCCCGUUGCCCUCCAUGAAAUGGACACCAGCAACGGCGUCCUGCUGCCCUUUUACGACCCGGACACCAACAUCCUUUACUUAUGCGGGAAGGGCGACAGCAGCAUCCGCUACUUCGAGGUCACGGAGGAGCCUCCCUACGUCCAUUACCUCAACACCUUCAGCAGCAAAGAGCCCCAGCGGGGGAUGGGCUUCAUGCCCAAGAGGGGCUUGGACGUCAACAAGUGUGAGAUCGCCAGGUGA